GGUUACUGUGAUUGGAGAGGAGUUCUUGAAUUUUCAGGAAAUGAGAUUUCAGAAACUAUCCUGUGCUUCCGAAGAGCGUACUUGGAUCUUGGGAAAUGCUUAUACUUUUAUCGAAGUACCUAAGCUCACAGUGCGCACUUCUGAAGACAAAACCUCGGUUAAAGUUGAGGCUAAAGUUCUUCAAACUGAAGAGAUUAUUGAGAUAAAUGGGGACUUGCUUGUUGCAGCAGAUGGAUGCCUCUCUUCAAUUCGGAAGACAUUUCUACCUGAUCUCAAAUUGAGGUAUUCAGGUUGCUGUGCCUGGAGAGGAGUUCUAGACUUUUCGGGAAAUGGGAAUUCAGAAUCUAUCUUGGGCAUCCAAAGACCGUACCCAGAUCCUCGAAAAUGCCUAUACUUCGAUCUAAACACUGGAAGGAUCACUGGGCUUUAUGAACUCCUUAACAAAAGGCUCAAUUGGAUUUGGUAUGUCCAUCAACAUGAGCCUGGACAGAAGGUAAGCAGUGACAUGAUAGAAAACAUGUACCAAGAAGCAGAGAGUUUGGGUCCUGAAUUGGUGAGAGUCACCAGAGAAACAAAGGAGCCUUUCAUAAAUAUCAUAUAUGAUAGUGAUCCUCUUGAGCUAAUCUUUUGGGACAACGUGGUAUUGAUUGGAGAUGCUUCUCACCCUACAACUCCUCAUAGAGUCAGGAGUACAAACAUUUCAACUUUGGAUGCGGCCGUUCUAGGCAAAUGUAUUGAGAAGUUGGGAGCAGAAAACAUACCUUCAGCUCUUGAAGAAUAUCAGCACAUUAGGCUAACAGUCACUGCGAAACAAGUCCUGCAUUCGCAGAGAGUGGGUCAAAUCAAGCAAGGCUUAGCUCUUCCUGAUAGUAAACUUUUUGAUCCGACGGCAGCAAGUGCAGAGGAAAGUGAAGAGCUUCAGCGGAUACAUCUGCCUUUCUUUGCUAGUGCUCCUUUGUCAGUUGAUUGAUGUCAGUGCUCCUCGUGAUUAAGACAAACUUCAUUCUCCGCAGCAGUACAUUCUUGGGUUCUCAUGCUCUUUCUUUAUUUCUCAAGUAAAAUCCUUUUUUUGUGUUUUCGAACACCGUGUAUAGAUUCAUAUAUCAAUGUAAACAAACAAGGCCUGUGUUUUAAUAGAAUAUAGCAAAGUUGUAUUUGAUGAGAUGAACACUCUGAGUGCAAUUAGCAGUAACAAUUUACAAUAAGAGGGUGCUCUGCAAUUAACUUAACGGCACAUAAAACACUCUAACCAGAUUAGGGUAAAUUAUAAGGCAUCUUGCCAGAACAUUAUUAGCAUACAAUCACUAGCUUUUUUAUUUAUUUAUUUUACAAGCAGUGUUAACUUUCUUCUGAAACUCUGCACGGAAAAUUACACUACCGAGUGGCCUCCACGACUCAGAACAACUCAUACCACGCAAA